AUGCUCCCUUUCCCCACCAUUGUCUGCCCUGCUACAUGUGAACUUUGCGGUCAUUGGAUGCCUCAACACAGUGACGAGUGCCCUCGUAAUGGAGUACACCCUUCUCAGUGGACAUUAACUAUCAAUAUUCAAGAGCUCGACAGCGAAUCAGACACUGAAGACUAAAGCUGGAUAUCAACCUUUAUCAUCUCAUAUUAUAUCAUAUCAUAUCAUCUCAUAUCAUAUCAUCUCAUAUCAAAUCAUAUCAUUUAGUAUCAUAUUUCCUCUUCUCUUCACCACCAACAGAUAUGAACAUAUCUCUUUCUUUUACUUUUAUUUAUAUAUAUUUUAUGUGUAUACCUUUUCUUCUUCUUCAACCUUUAUCCCUCAUUUCAGUGUAAAUUCAUCAAGUAUAUAAAGCUUUCUCGGCAUAUUUCCCACCCUCCUCUUCAUUUCACCCUCUUUAUAUAUCUAUAUUUAUAUAAAAUAAAAUAAAAUAAAAUAAAAUGU